AGAAAAAUACGGGAAAACUCAAAGAUUCAGUCAGAUUCGAAGAAAUGUUCAUUAUCAGAACCUUUUCACUUUCUUCACGUCUUCAACCUUCGUAACCCCAAUUGUUACCCCAAGAGCAAACCCUAAUUUUUAUUUCUAAUUUGAUUCUCUUCAUUUCCUUCUAAUCGGUCGGAGGUCUGAGCUGAAAGCCUGAGAUAGUACGCGAAAAAAAAUGAGCAAUUUGAGAACCAUCUGUAGGCCCCACACGGUCUUCACCUCCUUCAUGUGUUGCAGACACCAAGCUCGCUUUAGCUCUAGGGUUUCAUUUCGAAACCCUAAUUACAACCCUCGUUUUGCGCCUGUGUCCGAUUUUGCAAGAUUGAAUUGGAGCGGGUCCUGGUUCAGAGUGAAUCAGAGGAGGACCAUGGUUAAGGCAUCCAAUUGGGACCAACCCAAGUCUCCCUACGAAACUCUGGAACUAGAGAGGGACGCUGAUGACGACCAGAUCAAAAUUGCUUACAGACGUUUGGCCAAAUUUUAUCACCCGGAUGUCUAUGAUGGUAGAGGGACCCUAGAGGAGGGUGAAACAGCUGAAGCUAGAUUUAUAAAGAUUCAAGCUGCUUAUGAGUUGCUCAUAGAUGAAGACAGGAGGGGACAAUAUGAUAGGGCUAACCGAGUCAAUCCAAUGAAAGCAUCUCAAGCAUGGAUGGAGUGGCUAAUGAAAAAGAGAAGAGCUUUUGAUCAGCGAGGUGAUAUGGCAAUAGCAGCUUGGGCAGAGCAACAGCAGCGAGAGCUGAAUAUUCGUGCACGUCGACUUUCUCGUUCCAAGGUUGACCCAGAUGAAGAGAAAAGAAUCCUAGCAAGAGAGAAAAAGGCCUCGGCAGAGUAUUUCUCCAGUACCCUCAAGCGGCAUACGCUAGUGUUAAAGAAAAGGGACAUAAUGAGAAGGAAAGCAGAGGAAGAGAAGAGAAAGAUCAUCGGUCAGCUUUUAGCGGCAGAGGGACUUGAGCUCGACACAGAUGAUGAAGAGUCACGGUAGAGAAAAAUUUACUCAUUGGCUUCCGACAUUGUAUUAUAGAAUACCUUUUGGAUUGGCCCAUGGAGACAAAUCCUUCCAUAUUUGUAUUGUACAACGAAAGUAGAAAGAAUCUGUAUAUAUAUCUUCCGUUGGAGAAAUUUAUAGAAAUUAAUGAGAAAUUUAGAUUUUAUUAAAUCAA